AUGGUCGCCCUCUAGUGAGACAAAGAAAAAUCAUAAACUUUCCAGGUCAAACGCGGUUUCCUCGCAAUAUCCUAGGGAAAACGACCAAAUUCGCUUUUACCCCUAAAUUAUAGCUGGAGUUAAUGAUAGGUUUGUUGCGGUUUCGCACAUGGCGCCUCCCCCAUCCAUGCCUCUGUCGAAUGGCAGUAAUCAGCGCUUCGAAUUUGCAUUGACUGACGUCUGGUUAGUAAAGGGCGGAGCCCGGAGCGAUGACACGUCAGAAGGCAACAGAGACAUUCGCGUCUGUCUUUAUAGGUGUGAAGAAAGAGAGCGACGCAAUUCGUCAGCGGCGUUCUGCUAAAAGCAUCUCUUCAUUGUGCUGAGGAGCGACUGAAAGCAUGAGACUAGCAAUGUUAGUGUCUCUCAUAAGGCCGACCGGGCCUAUUAUUGUGGGCAUCUCUCUGGGAUUCACUCUGAGUCUCCUCAGCGUCACCUGGGUGGAUGAGUCCUGCGACUCUGACUGGAUGGGAGCCGCCGAUGAGAUGCUCAUAGGGCAGCCUAGGAGCUCGAAAGGAGCCCGUAAGCCUAGUUCGAUAUCCACUGGCACAAGUGACAAUGGAAAUGUCGAAGAGGACUUUGAGCCCAGAAUAGUACCUUAUAACAAGCCUGCCCAGGAAGGUCCUCCAAAGAAAGUUUUCAGAGCCAAGUAUGCCAGCACAGAGCUUGGAAUUCGUGAACGUCUCUUUGUCUCUGUAUUUACCUCCAAAACCACCUUAAGCACUUUAGCUGUGGCCAUCAACCGGACCCUUAACCACCACCUGGAUGGCCGGCUCAUCUUCUUUACAGGCUCUCGCAAUCGUAAACUACCUAAUGGAAUGUUUGUGGUGGCCCAUGGUGAUGAGCGUCCAGUUCCAAACAUGUUUCAAUCCAUCCGAUAUCUUCUAGAGCAUCACAUUGCGGAUUACGAUUGGUUCUUCUUCGUCCAGGAUGACACCUACACACAGCCAGAAAGGCUGAAGACCUUAGUAAGCCACCUGAGCAUGGACCUUCAGCUUUACAUGGGCCACCCUGGAGAGUUCAGUGGAGGUGAAACCCAGGGGAGGUACUGUCACAGUGGACCAGGAUUUCUACUAUCCCGUGCUCUACUUCUGAAGCUCCAGCCUUUCUUGGAGCAGUGCAGGACUGAUAUUGUAAGCACCAGACCUGAUGAGUGGCUCGGUCGCUGUAUCAUUGAUCAUGCUGGCAUAAGUUGCGUGGAGGAAUAUGAGGCCCUGAAUUAUAAUUAUUUUACAAUGGAAAACAAUAUGGACCUUUCCAGACCGGAGAAUGAUGGAUUCCAGAAUGCUCUCACUGUUCAUCCUGUGACCAGUGCAGAACUUAUGUAUCGUCUGCACAAACAUUUCACAGAAAUAGAACUGCAGAAGACCUAUGAAGAGAUUGAAAAACUACAGUCUGAGAUAAAGAAUGUCAGUGAAUUAGCGGUGGAUGGAAACAAGAGUGCCUUGUGGCCCAUCGGCAUCACACCUCCCUUUGAACCCAAGAGUCGCUUUGAGGUACUGCGUUGGGACUACUUUACAGAAGAUAACUUUUUCUCCUGUGUGGACGGUGCUCCUAAAUGCCAGCUCAAUGGAGCCGAUCGUGAUGAUGUGACUGACGUCAUCAAGGUUGCUGUUGAAGAGCUCAACAAAAAAUACAACCCUUUUGUACAGCUGAGCGCUCCACGGCUGGUGAACGGUUACAGGCGCUUGGACCAUACACGAGGGAUGGAGUACACCUUGGACCUGCAGUUACAAGCCACUACUGAGUCUGGUCACCAGAAAUCUAUGACACUCCGUGUACACCUUGUGCGACCUCUCGGCCAAGUAGAGAUUAUCCCCAUGCCUUAUGUCACAGAGGCAACACGAGUCCAUGUCCUCUUGCCCCUAACCAGUUAUGACUCCCAUGCAGCGCUGCGCUUCUUGGAUCACUGUUCCUCCAACUUGUUUGAGACUAGUGAGAAUGCAGUUCUUAACUUCCUGUUCACCUACGAACCCGCCGAGGCCCAAAAAGUGAGUACAAAUGACGUCUUUGCAGAAGUCAAGGCUAAGAUCACUUCCGUCGAGCACAGAUAUCCCAGCGUGAAGGUGUCUUGGAUCAGCAUAAAGACAGAAAGUCCGGGUCUCCUGCGGAUCCUUGAUAUUGUAUCUAGGAAGCACCCGGUGGAAACACUCUUCCUCCUGGUCACCGUUGACACUGUGCUCAACUCCGAGUUCUUGAAUCGCUGUCGUAUGAAUGCCAUCAGCGGCUGGCAGGCUUUCUUUCCCAUCCAUUUCCAAGAAUUUGACCCCAGAGUGGCUUAUCCAAACCAGGUUCCUCCUGCCUCACCAGACCUGGUCAAGGAAGUGGGUCACUUUGACCGCUACACCUUUGAAGAGGCGUGUUUCUACAACUCUGACUACAUGUCCUCUCGCACACGGAUGUCUGGGGAUUUGCAGGAGAAUGAAGAGCUGCUGGAGAGCCUGGAUCUUUAUGACGUGUUUGUGCAGUAUUCGGGGCUGCACGUGUUCCGUGCUGUCGAGCCUGCUUUGCGGCAGGCGUACCGCAACCGGACCUGCGAUCCUCGGUUAAGUGAGGACGUGUUCCAACGCUGCCUUCAGAGCAAUCUGAAGAGCCAGGGGUCACGUUCCCAGCUCGCCAUGCUGAUAUUUGAACAAGAGCCAAGUAACAGCACCUGAGGAGCUUCCGAAGCAGCAACAGUCGGGUAACUUUAGACUGGCUGACCGCUAACAGCACUCCUUGUGCAUUUUAACAUCUGUCAACCAGUUCUUUAGUAAAAGCUAUUUGAUUAUCUUACUGAAACCAAAGAGAAAUGUUCUGAAAGGAACAUUCUGAGAGAUUUGACCAGAAAUCUAUUUUUGUGAGCACUUGACUUACAAUUGUUAAUGCACUACAAAACAAUUCUUUCACUGUGCUUUUCUGAGUAAUUUUAAAAAAUUGUAUUGUGGCAUGUUUCAUCUCGCUGCCCCAUUAGGAUGAAUUACCGUUGUUUUUUUAUUACUUAUUGGUAAAUGUAAUUUACCUGACAGACUGGUGGAGUUAAGCCCAAAGAAUACUUCAGUUCUGACAGAUGCUAGCAUAUGGUACAGCCAAACUUCAUAGGCUUUCAAAGUAUAGGCCUACUUAAUUUGAUAGCAUGCGUGAACAUCUUAACUUUGUCCUGUAUCCGCGCUAUCUCCCCCCCCACAGAAAUUAUGACUGAUGUAAAAAAUGUCUUUGUACUUACACUACUUAAACUAGAGUUGCGGGUAUCUCUUAACUUCCUCACACAAGCUUUGGUCAGUGCAGGCAUCUGCUGUUGUUGCCUUCUCAAGUUGUUUGUUAUUGCUGUUGAUCUGGCUCAGUGUUGCCAGGUUUUCAUAACAAGUCCUCCCAAAUCCAACUCAAAAUCAGCCCAAAACUAGCCCAAUCGUGUUCCAGAGGGGAUAAAGUACACAUUUUUUGGCGGGGUUCCUCUGGUAAAAUUCACAUUCCAGGGGCUAAAUAUCACGUUAUUGUGGUCACUUCAACCCACGGACAUGAAAAACAACCCACUGCAACAGUGUUAAAGUAAAGUAACACUGUAUCUUUAACUUUUUUGUUAAACUGUGAAACAAAUUGCCCAGGUCAGUGUUGUUACCUUGUGGGCAAACUAAUAUUUAAAAAACGAAUCUGCAAAGUAAGCGUACAGAGUAAACGUGGUUAGAAAUAUCUGCCAGCAUACAUACAGUGCAGAUUCUAGUGUGUAACAGUCAAGUUCUGUAAGUAAAAAGUCUCCAUGGGGAAAUAGAGUUUGACGAUAACUUUUCAACCUUUAUAAAGCGUCUUUUCAAAUUUGAAUCAUGUGGAAUUGCCUGAAUUUGUGCUGAAAACCACAUUGUCCAUGUGUUUAUAUUUUUGUCCUAUUUUCAAAUACAUUUAGUAUCAAAUUAUUUUUACUUUUCUUUCAAAUGUUUGUAAUGUUGGAAUUCAACCUGAAGUUGUUUUGGUUUGUUCAUGGUCUAGAGCCUUACCAAUUUUUUUUUUUUUUUUUAUCCAAUUGGGAAAAAUCUAGACCUGUCUAUAUAUGAUGAAAUUUAUU